GGCCCGGCCGGGCCCUGAGCUGCCGCGGCCGCGGCUCCUGGUCAUCCAGCAUGUUCUGCCCACCCCACACCGAGGCGCACUGACCAUGAGCCUCAACUCCUCCCUCGGCCACAGGAAGGAGCUGAGUAACCUCACCGAGGAGGAGGGUGGUGAAGGGGGUGUCAUCGUCACGGAGUUCAUCGCUAUCAUUAUCAUCACCAUUUUUGUCUGCCUGGGCAACCUGGUCAUCGUGGUCACCUUGUACAAGAAGUCCUACCUCCUCACCCUCAGCAACAAGUUCGUCUUCAGCCUGACCCUGUCCAACUUCCUGCUGUCCGUGUUGGUGCUGCCUUUCGUGGUGACCAGCUCCGUCCGGCGGGAAUGGAUCUUUGGUGUGGUGUGGUGCAACUUCUCCGCCCUCCUCUACCUGCUGAUCAGCUCGGCCAGCAUGCUCACCCUCGGAGUCAUUGCUGUCGACCGCUACUAUGCUGUCCUGUACCCCAUGCUGUACCCCAUGAAGAUCACGGGGAACCGAGCCGUGAUGGCACUUGUCUACAUCUGGCUUCACUCUCUCAUCGGCUGCCUGCCACCUCUGUUUGGUUGGUCAUCGGUGGAGUUUGACGAGUUCAAGUGGAUGUGUGUGGCUGCGUGGCACCGGGAGCCUGGCUAUACUGCCUUCUGGCAGAUCUGGUGUGCUCUGUUCCCCUUUCUCGUCAUGCUGGUGUGCUAUGGCUUCAUUUUCCGCGUGGCCAGGGUCAAGGCACGCAAGGUGCACUGUGGCACCGUGGUCAUCGUGGAGGAGGACGCCCAGAGGAAUGGGAGGAAGAACUCCAGCACCUCCACCUCCUCUUCGGGCAGUAGGAGGAACGCCUUUCAGGGUGUGGUCUAUUCGGCCAACCAGUGCAAAGCCCUCAUCACUAUCCUGGUGGUCAUCGGUGCCUUCAUGGUCACCUGGGGCCCCUACAUGGUUGUCAUUACCUCGGAGGCCCUCUGGGGGAAGAACUAUGUCUCCCCGACCCUGGAGACCUGGGCUACCUGGCUGUCCUUUACCAGCGCCAUUUGCCACCCCCUGAUCUAUGGACUCUGGAACAAGACAGUUCGCAAGGAACUACUGGGCAUGUGCUUUGGGGAUCGGUAUUACCGGGAACCGUUUGUGCAGCGGCAGAGGACUUCCAGACUCUUCAGCAUUUCCAACAGGAUCACAGACCUGGGCCUGUCCCCACACCUCACGGUGCUCAUGGCAGGCGGACAGCCCCUGGGGAACAGCAGCAGCACCGGGGACACCGGCUUCAGCUGCUCUCAGGACUCGGGAACAGACGUGAUGCUGCUCGAGGACUACACUUCUGAUGACAACCCUCCCUCCCACUGCACCUGCCCCCCCAAGAGGAGGAGCUCCGUGACGUUUGAGGAUGAAGUAGACCAGAUCAGAGAAGCUGCCAAGAACCCUAUUCUUCACGUGAAGGCCGACGUGCACAAGUCCUUGGACAGUUACGCAGCCAGCUUGGCCAAAGCCAUUGAGGCUGAAGCCAAAAUCAACUUAUUUGGGGAGGAGGCUUUGCCCGGGGUCUUGAUGGCAGCACGGACCGUCCCAGGGGUCGGCUUUGGGGGCCGCCGAGGCAGCAGAACCCUCGUGAGUCAGAGGCUCCAGCUGCAGAGCAUCAAAGAAGGGAACAUUUUGGCUGCGGAACAGAGAUGAGGGCCUCAGGGUGGACUGUCCUUCAGAGGGGUGCCCGUUACCGUCUCUGCCGGGGCCUUGGGAGCGUGGGGAAGGAGCAACAUCUGGUACGCAGUCACCAGAAAAAACACUGAAAA